AUGGCGGCCACAGCAUCAACAACACCCUUCCAGAUCCCCCAACAUGUCACCGCCCUCCUAUCGCAUCUGACCUCCCGCCCGGGCGUCCAAUCCACAUUCAUCCUCUCCCGCAAAGACGGCUCGAUCAUCCAGAGCACCGGGCUGAUCGCUUCGAAACCGGUGUCGAAUUCUCCCUCCGCCUCCGCUUCUUCUCCGGCCGCGCCCGGAGUGUCGCCGAGUGAGGAACCGGGCCCGGAAUCGCAACCGCAAGCACAACCCCCUGCGGUGGGCUCUCCUUCUUCGCCGUCCGCCGAUCCCGCCUCCCCUUUAGCACCUACGACUACGGCUGCUACAGCUACGACUACGUCUACAGCUACGGCUACUAGCCCACCAACUCAAUCUACGGCGACGGCAACGACGCCCUACCAACCCUCCCACGCCGAAGCCCUCGCCGCGCACGUCUUCGCCUUCGUGGCUAGCGCGACGGGUCUGAGUGUCUCGCUGUCGAGGCCCCCUGGGACGGAGAACCAGCCGGCGGGAUCGAGGUCGACGGCUGAGCCGGGCUUCAGCGCGGGUGGCGUACAGGAACAAGGUCUAAACGGGGUAUCCUCAUCCGGCGGUGGACGGGAAGAUGGUGAGGGCGGCGAGGGAUCUGAUAGAGAGGAUGACGACGAGGUGAAGUUGUUGCGUAUGCGGACGAAGAAGCAUGAGAUUGUGGUGGUGCCGGAUCGGAAGUAUUUGUUGUGCGUGGUGCAUGAUGUAGCGGGGGCGAGUGGUGGUGGUAGUGGAAUUGGGGGUGUGGGCGGAAGGGGACGGUGA